AUGGCUAUUGCUGCAGUCGCUUAUGUGAAACUGGGUUACGGAACAGAACAACGACUUGGAUUCAUUAUGGGAAAAACCAAGCUAGCCCCAAAGCAUGGACACACCAUACCGCGGCCGGAACUCUCAAACCGUGUGGAUAAGAUUCGCAGACUAAGUGAACCUGAAGACUGGCACUACAUUUCCACAAAGUUGAAUCCAGCUGAUGAAGGCACUCGCUCAGUGCAAGUGAAAGACUUGCAGAAUAGCUUAUGGUUAAAUGGACCACCUGUAACGCAUGAAUUGUGGAACAAUGAUCAGGAACCACAACUAUGUGGAGAAGAAUUUGAUGAUGAUUCAGAAGUCAAAUCUUGCAAGAUGGAAGUGCAACCAUGCUGCAAUUUAGGGUCGCAUCGUUUUGAGAAAUUCUCAACCUGGAGUAAACUCACUCAGGCAAUAUUGCUGAUUCAGAAAGUUGUUAGAUGGAACUUACUACACAAACGUAGAAAUGGAGAGGACAAAAAUCCACUUACCUUGAGAGCUGCUGAACUUCUUAUCAUUCACGUCAUUCAACAUGAGGCUUUCCUGGAUGAGAUUAUCGCCUUAAAAUCUGGACAGACUGUGCUUAAAACGAGUCCCAAUUAUGACCUCGACCCUUACCUUGACGACACUGGAUUAUUGAGAAUUGGAGGAAGACUUCGCCGUUCGAACCUGACCACCCAGGAAAAGAAUCCAAUCAUUAUUCCCAAGAAGAGUCACGUUGCAACUCUGCUCAUAGAUCAUUUUCACAAAGAAGUAAAACAUCAGGGUCGUUUGUUCACAGAGGGUGCAAUACGUAGUGCGGGGUAUUGGAUCAUCGGGUGUCGUCGUCAAGUGAACUCUUACUUGCGAAGGUGUGUGAUCUGUAAGAAACUUAGAGGAAAACAGCAGCAACCUAAAAUGGCCGACCUUGCGGAAGUUCGUCUUCAACCUGCCCCACCAUUUUCAUUUGUUGGAGUAGAUGUUUUCGGACCCUGGGGUGUAGUUACUAGAAAUACCAGAGGAGUGAAGGCGCAAGCUAAAAGAUGGGCAGUUAUAUUUACCUGUUUGGUCAUUCGAGCGGUUCAUAUUGAGGUGUUAGAAGAGAUGAGCUCUUCCAGUUUUGUUAACGCAUUACGCCGUUUUGUUGCACUGAGAGGAGAAGUACGGGUGAUAUGCUCAGACUGUGGAACAAACUUUGUUGGAGCUGUGAAGGAACUGAAUGCUAGUGUUAUUGAUGUAAAUGAUAACAUUCACAUUCUCUCUAAUUUCAUGAAGAAAAAGGGAAUUCAGUGGAAGUUCAAUCCCCCACAUGCAUCUCAUAUGGGCGGAUCUUGGGAGCGAUUAAUUGGCGUUGCGAGGAAGAUCUUGAACUCUCUGCUCCUGGAUGCCAAAGUCACACGCCUUAAUCAUGAAGUACUGGUAACUCUAAUGGCUGAGGUAACUUCCAUCAUUAACGCUCGUCCACUGGCUGGAAUCUUCUAUGAUCCUCAGGAACCUUAUCCUCUUUCUCCAGCGACUUUGCUGACCUUGAAGACAACCCAUACUGUGGACUCUUUCAACCUUGAGGAGUUUUCCCAAAAAGAUCUACACAAAAACCAAUGGCGCUGUGUACAGUACCUUUCAAAUUGCUUUUGGAAGAGAUGGCAAAUGGAAUACUUAUCUUCACUUCAACAGAGAAAAAAGUGGCAGAAGGAUGAGAGAAAUCUGACGGAAGGUGACCUUGUCCUCCUUCGGGACAACACUUUGCAUCGAAAUGACUGGCCGAUGGGUAUAAUAGAGAAGACACACCAUAGUGAUGACUCGCGUGUCCGCACCAUUGAAGUUCGCAUGGGCCCAGAGAGGAAGAUCUACAGGCGUCCAGCAACGGAAGUCGUGCUUCUUGUACCAGAAGAACAGUAG